GACCCGGGUGACCUCGGCGGCCUUCUGCAGGCCGCUCGGCUCGGCUCGGCUCGGCCCGGCCCGGUUCGUCCGCGAUGUGGUUUGAAAUCUUACCCGGUUUCUCGGUGAUGGCCGCCUGCCUGACCGUGCCCGGCGUGGCCACCGCCUACAUCCAGAAGUACUCCAACGGGGGCAAGCAAAAGAGGUUUGCCCGCCACCGCUACGCUUGGGCUCUGAUGGAGAGGGACAGGCGGAUUUCCGGAGUUAACCGUUACUAUGUUUCCAAGGGUUUGGAGAACAUUGAUUAAGAAACCAGCCUCCCGAGUUCUGCUCGACCACAUGUCUGUCAAAAGUCAACCCGGUGCAUUGUACAGUACUCCUUAAAUAAAAAUAAAACCACAUACAUUCACCUA